AUGUCGUGUAGUUCUACAGAAGAUUUGCCUGAUCAGUACAAAGAGCUAUUUACGCAAGAUGGAGUAUUAUUAAAAGCAUGCAUUGGUCGUCCCAUAUCAGAUCUCAAUUCUAUUGGGAUGCUUUGUGUAGUACAAAAUGCUGAUGGUACCAAAUGCAUUGAAUGGAGACCAAAUGACCUCAUUACAAUUGAUUCGGAUACACAAGACCAAGAAUGGGCUGUUGUAAAUACUAUUGGUCGACGGCAGCGCACACUGAGCGGCAACAUGACCUCAGACUAUGCAGCGGCUCGCGCGAGAAUCGUCCGAAUACCUCUAGCCGAGCUUAAAACCUUUAAGGUCACGCGUAAUAGCCAACAAAUGCAAUUCUCGACAAAGUCCGGAGUUUGGCAGAACACAUUCUAUUUUCAACAUGGAAAUGCAGAAAUAUUUGUGGCUUACUUAAAGAAUCACGUGAAAACGGCAAAAACUAGACAUGACCGAAACACUUACGUUGUGGUCGAGUCUAACAUCGAUUCCCAGGCUUUAAAUAAGUCGUUCACUGAGUUGGAUAUUUUUACGGAAAAUACAACAGAUGUUGUAUGGAGUUUAGUGUCAAAUUUUAAGCAGCGCCCAUAUGAAACUACUAUGGAGGCGUUCUCGAAACUUACUGAUAUAGUAUAUUACGGGAAUGAAGGCUUGAAUGGCAAGCGGGAUGUGUCCGAGGAGGUGGCCGAUUUGUUGACUAAAAGCAUGAGUGCUUUGGAAGAUACGACAUCGAUAACGAAGUCCGAAGAAUAUGAAGUGAUCACUGUUAAACCUACAUUACCACCCCGGCCUUGUAUACCAAGAGGCACACCACUAUCAACAGAGAAAUGGGAAGGACUUCAAUUUACAGAAGGACGAAUACUCGAGGUUGAAGGAGUUAAACAGCUGAUAUUUCGAGGUGGCGUAGCACAUUCGAUCCGCCCGUCGGUAUGGAAAUAUCUACUCGACUAUUACCCCUGGCACGCGACGCAUUCGGAAAUCCGUAAAAUACAAAAGAGAAAAACGGAGGAAUACUUCUCGAUGAAGCUCCAAUGGCGGUCGAUAACGGAGAAGCAAGAGUCGCGCUUCAGCGAAUACAGGGAACGGAAAAGUUUGGUCGAGAAAGACGUCAAUAGGACGGACAGGUCGCAUCCGUUUUUCGCCGGAGACAAUAAUCCGAAUGUUCUCUUAUUGCAAGAUAUUUUGAUGACAUAUGUGAUGUACAACUUUGACUUGGGGUACGUUCAGGGAAUGAGCGAUGUGUUGGCGCCUCUUUUGCUGCUUUUGGGGAAUGAGGUCGACAGUUUUUGGUGCUUCGCUGGGUUUAUGGAGAAGAUUGCAUCAAACUUCGACAUGGACCAAGCCGGCAUGAAGCAGCAACUCCUGAAUCUGCAGCAGCUGCUGACGUUUGCAGUUCCGGACCUAGCGAAGCAUUUGGCUUCCAAGGACUCCGGGAACAUGUACUUUUGUUUCCGAUGGCUGCUUGUUUGGUUCAAACGGGAAUUCUCUUUUAGUGAUAUUAUGAGGCUGUGGGAGGUGUUGUGGACGGGGUUGCCAUGUGCCAACUUCCACCUGUUAAUCUGUGUUGCCAUACUCGACGCCGAAAAGGAUGAGCUCAUCAGUAAAGAUUAUGGUUUCAACGAAAUAUUGAAGCACGUCAACGACCUGUCGAUGUGCCUCGACAUUGAUAAAAUCCUAAGCACGGCCGAAGGAAUCUACCAUCAGCUAAUGUCAGCGCCUCAUCUCACCGACCAAAUUAGAAUUAUCCUCGGAAUACCCACCGCCGCGAACGACCCGAGCGAUCGUAACGAGGAAUCGGGCUCCGAAGAUUUGGGGUCUGACGGUUUGGGGGGCGAAGGGCCCGAAGAGAACGCUCGCGAUCAGGCAAAUGGUAAAAUGGACCGAGAUAUGGAGGAAGUUAUGUAUCAGAUAGGAUUAGAUUUCAAUUUUUAG